ACGGUUGGGCACUUCCACGAAACCAAAAGAGAGAUCUCAUUCUUUGUAUGUCACCUUCUCCUCUCUUUCUGAUCCAUCUCGCAUUCUCCCGCUUUACGUUUCUCUCCCGCUUUCCCUUCCUUGAUCUCCAUUACUGUACAAUCCAAACUUCUUUCUCAUCGUCUCGAACCCUCCGGCCAUCUGUUUUUCCGAUGAUAGCGCUUCGAACCGCGUUCAUUCCGAUUUGCAUCACGGAUUUGAUGGGGCUACAUUGAGCUUGCAUGGAUCGUAUGGAAUGGAAGCUUUCGGAUUUAUGAGUUAUUAUCAACUGCUCGUCCAAUUUCACCUAUGGCGGUUAGUGGGCCGGCUUCGAGUUCAGAGAGCUCCUGGAGAGACUCCAACAAGGGUAUGUCGAAUGGUAACAUCAAGGGUUUGAUCUUAGCUUUGUCUUCCAGUUUCUUCAUUGGUGCCAGCUUCAUUGUCAAGAAGAAAGGCUUGAAGAUAGCAGGGUCUUCUGGUGUAAGGGCAGGCGCUGGCGGUUAUUCUUACUUGUAUGAACCAUUAUGGUGGGUCGGCAUGAUAACCAUGGUUAUAGGUGAAAUUGCUAAUUUUGCAGCUUAUGCAUUUGCACCGGCUAUCCUGGUAACUCCCCUCGGUGCACUGAGUAUAAUUAUCAGUGCUGCUCUUGCUCAUGUUAUAUUAGGGGAGCGAUUAAACAUUUUUGGUAUACUUGGUUGUGUGUUAUGUGUUGUGGGUUCAACAACAAUUGUUCUUCAUGCACCUCAAGAGCGUGAGAUAGAAACUGUCAAGGAAGUGUGGGAUCUUGCGACAGAACCAGCUUUCCUUUUGUAUGUUGCUUUGAUGGUAGCCACGACUCUCGUACUCAUAACGCGCUUUGUGCCUCGUUAUGGGCAGACAUAUGUGAUAGUCUACAUAGGGGUUUGUUCUAUUGUGGGCUCACUUUCGGUUAUGAGUGUUAAGGCACUUGGAAUUGCCCUGAAGUUGACAUUUUCUGGAAUGAAUCAGUUAACAUAUCCUCAAACCUGGGCCUUCGCAAUGGUUGUCAUUAUUUGUGUGAUCAUUCAAAUGAAUUAUCUAAAUAAGGCUCUUGAUACUUUCAACACAGCUGUCGUGUCCCCUACAUACUACGUGAUGUUUACAUCAUUGACCAUUUUGGCUAGCAUAAUUAUGUUUAAGGAUUGGGAUCGACAAGGAGCAAUUCAAAUUUUCACGCAGAUGUGUGGUUUUGUGACGAUUCUCGCGGGUACUUUUCUUCUUCACAGAACAAAGGAUAUGGUUGAGGCUUCUUCAACGACACCAUCUUUUUCGAUGCGACAUUCUAAACACGUAGAAGAUGGUCGUGAGCUCGAAGCCAUGCCACUUCAGCGUGAAACAUCAUUGUGAUAAGAUUAGCCAGUCAUGACUAAACUUGCCGCCAUUUAUGAAUUCACUCUUAUCAUCAUGUCACAUUUUGUGCACAAAUCUUGGGGAAAGGUACGGCAGCCACUGGCUUUGUGAUCGUGAACAUUGUUGAUAGAUUUGAAGGGGAAUGCAAGCCUGGUUGGACUACAGACGGUAAUCUCGUUUCUUAGAGGAAAAUGAUUUGGAAGUCCCAUUUUUUCUGUUAGGAACCUCUUCGUGGGUUGCAAUUUUUGACCCAUUGUUCUAUAUAUACUAUAUCAUAUCAUUCAUUCGUAUUCACAAAGAAAUAGACCUUCUGAGGGAUGUGUGGCUCAUAGAAUGGCUUGGCAUAGCAAGUUGGAAGGACCAUUUACAUACAUACUGAUUAUACUUCACUCAUGUACUCCCCCACUUUUUCUACACUUCUUUCUUGGUUUAAUAGAAAUUCGUUCUAGCA